CGUGUGCCCUAUAAAGCAGAGCAGGCGGCUGGCUGUGCAGCUGCUUCUGCCCCAGCCCGGAGAGCACCGUUCAGGGUGAAGAUCUCCGUCUCUGGCCCCCACCCUCGUGUGCGGCUUCCCUCCAGCGCCCCGGGUGCUCGGUGCUGUCGUCCAGGUCGGGCUCUGACUGGCUCACGCUGCCAUGCGGGGCAUGCUGGCGCUACUCGCGGCCCUGCUCGGGCUCCUCGGCCUCGUGGAGGGGCAGACGUUUCACAUGGGGCAGUGCCCCAACCCGCCGGUCCAGGAGGACUUCGACCCGAGCAAGUAUCUCGGGAAGUGGUACGAGAUCGAGAAGCUGCCCUCCGGCUUCGAGCAGGAGCGGUGCGUCCAGGCGAAUUACUCCCUGAAGGCCAACGGGAAGAUCAAAGUGCUGACCAAAAUGGUGCAGUCCGACGGCACAAUCAAACACAUGGAGGCAGAGGCCGUCCCUGUCAACAAAGACGAGCCGGCCAAGCUGAGCGUCAGCUACAGUUGGUUCAUGCCAGCUAGCCCCUACUGGGUAGUUGCCACCGACUACGAGAACUACGCGCUGGUGUACUCCUGCACCUCGUUCUUCUGGCUCUUCCACGUCGAUUAUGCCUGGAUCAGGUCCAGAACUCCCCAGCUGCACCCGGAAACAGUGGAGCACCUGAAGAGUGUUCUCCGUUCCUACCGGAUCCAAACAGGGAUGAUGCUCCCCACGGAUCAGAUGAACUGCCCUUCUGACAUGUAGAGCAAGCCUGGGCCCACUCCCAGCUGCGUUGCUUGCCCUGGUGUCAGUGAAACCUUCCUUACCGUGAAUAACAACCCCUUUGCUCCCAGUCGCCUACACAGCAUGUGCGGCGGGAGCUGAGCAUUGCUGUUCUCCCACGCUCUCUCCAGCCCCCGCAUUUCCGCGCCCCUUCCCCCCAGUUAAAUGCAUUCUGGCUCACAGCUAACAACUCGGUGACAAAGAGGGAUCUGGGAGCACAGAUCCUGACACCCUGCUGUUGCCGAGAGCUCUCCAGCACUGACGCACGAGGGUGUGCGUCGGGGAGGUUCAAGGAUCUUGCUCCCUGGGGACAACUUUUCUCAUGGCACCCAGCAGGUUGGUUUCUCUGACUGUCCCCAUGUCUGCUCGGCCUGUUCUGAAUACACUGCUUGAUUAGCUCGUC